AUGACGUUUGGCUUCACACAUGAGCCCCUCGUUCAUCUCGCCGGCAGCGCUAUCACCUCCUUCUUCCGCAAGAUUGAGGUGUACGGCUCAGAGAAUGUACCCGUCGAGGGACCGAUCAUCUUCGCGUGCACGCACACGAACAUGGCCAUUGAUCCCGCGGUGCUGAGCAAUACCAUCCCCCAUCGCCACCUUCUUCACUACUGGGUCAAGGACUCGCUGUUCAAGAAUCCGUUCAUGAAGGUGCUCCUGACGAACGCGGGCAACAUUCCCGUCGACCGGAAGAAUAAGAACAACCAGCAGCUGUUCCGCGGUACAUUCGAGGCCUUUGCACAGGGCGAGUGCAUCGGUGUCUUCCCCGAAGGCACCUCGCAUACCGAGCCUCAUCUGAUCCCCCUCAAGGACGGGACGUCGUGGGCCGCACUCGAGUACGUCCGUUAUCUUGGCGGUACCGAGGACAACCCGGGCGUCAAGGAAGGACGCCCUGCCGUUGUCGUGCCGGUCGGCAUCGCGUACUGCAACAAGUCCAAAUACCGUUCGCGGUUGGCAGUCACGUAUGGUCCCGUGAUCUCGAUGGACGACUACAAAGACGAUUUUUUGAACGGCGAUGACUCACUCCGCAAGGCGACUGUCAAGCGGCUCACGAAGCGCAUGGAGGUCGAGAUGCACAAGAUGACUGUCAACGCCCCCGACUGGGACACGAUGUACGCUGCCAAGAUGGCGACCGAGCUCCUGUGGCGCAAGGAGGACAAUCUCGCGCUUGCAGACUAUGCGGACGUCGCGCAGACCCUCGUUGACCUUUUUGCGACCGACGACGACCGCAUUGACCGCCUCAAGGCCACACUGGUGCGGUACCACCAGCUCCUCUUCUCCGCGCGGUUAUCGAACGCGGCGCUCACUGACCUUCCUCUUCCCAAGGAUCUCGACCCCGCGCUGCCCGUCCCAGUGCCGGGACGCCUGCGAACACUCGCGAUCCUAAUCAAGGACACGAUCGUGAGCUCGGCUCAGUUCCCCUUCUUCGUUAUCCCCUUCCUUUUCCACAUUCCCGUUUACGCAAUCGGGAUGUUUGGCGCCUCGCUAGCCGAGGAUGAGGAGGAGACGCGCGCCCAGAUGAAGGUCUUCCUUGGCCUCUUCCUCAGCAUCGUCAUGUACCCCAUCUUCUUCUUCUUCUUCCUCUGGCUCUUCUGGAGUAUCCCCCUGGCGUUCCCCAUGGCCGCCGGUGCAGUCUGGCUCCUGAACAAGUACCACGCCGCCUUAAUCGACCAGAACUACAACGGCUUGAAGCGCCUGAUCGCCGCCUGGCGCGUGCUGGUGGGUGUAUGGCUCGGUCCGGGCGUCGAGAUGUCGAUUCAGAGCUUCAUGGAUGACGUUGCGUCCUUCGCUCCCAACCCACCAGCCGUCGCGGGCCUUCCCCCCGGAACCCCGCGCGAGAAGUACAAGCGUCCCCUGCACCUGCCGUCACGACUGCUCGUGCGCCAUGUCCUGCGCCAGCGCAUCGAGGCCGCGCGCGACCUCGGGCGCACUCUGCUCGAGCUCGAGGGCGAGGACACCAAGCUCAAGGCGAGCUUCUGGCUUGCAGAGAGAUACGGCGGCGAGGUGUUCAAGCCCGCGGUGGUGCCAAGUGAUCGGCUGGGCGAGUACGAGCGCGAGUGGGAGCAGGGCAUUCGGCAGGCGCGUGAGGUUGUGCCUUUCCUCCGCGGGCGGGGCGCGAGGCUCGGAUCUGCCAACAGCGACGAGUACUGGGCCGAGAAGAGCGGCGACGAGGAUGCAAAGAGCGAGUAG